AACUGAAGAGGAUUUGUUAAUCCAGUUCAGUGCAGAAGAGUCUUCCUGCAAGGUACAGAUUGGGUCUUCAGCAUCAAUUUGAUGUGAAGGGGAGAAGGGAGUGAAGCAUUUGGCCAUGGCUAUCUGUAUGCUCCUGAUUUUUCUUUUUUCCUUUAGAACAACUCUUCAAAUGUCUGAUAAUGGAAUAUUUUUGAUCUAUAAUGAAGACAGCAAGCUCUGCGCCCAAGCUCAAGACCCUAAUUCGGUCACAACUGCCACUUGUGACGAGCACAAUGAGUUUCAAAGGUUCAAGUGGGUCUCUGCUACGCAGCUGCUGAGCAUGGCACUCAAGCUGUGUCUUGGAGUACUCAGUAAGGAUGAUGAGGCUGCCAUCACAUUGGAAUCCUGUAACAGGACGAAUGAGCUCCAGUGGUGGGAAUGUAGAAAUGAGACACUUGCAACCCACGGCAAGGAUUUAUUUUUCAACUAUGGCAGAGGGAAGGGGAAGAAAAUCAGAUUGUCCAAAGGAUCAGGCAAAGGGAGCAGGUGGAAAAUCCAUGGAUCUACAGACAGCAUCUGCUCGCAGCAUUAUGAAGAUAUCUACACACUGGGAGGAAAUGCCUUUGGUGCACCUUGUAUGUUCCCUUUUAAGUACAAUCUUAAAUGGCAUGCUGAGUGCAUCCCUCGGAGGGAUGAUGCAAGCUCUCUCUGGUGUGCUACUACUUCAGAUUUUGAUAAAGACCAUGUUUUUGGAAAUUGUCCACUGAAAGACAACAUGCAGAAUGACCUUUGGAAAACAAAUCCUGUGACAGGAACUUGGUAUCAGAUAAAUUUACACUCACUUUUGACGUGGCAUCAAGCAAGAAAAAGCUGCCAGCAGCAGAAUGCAGAAUUAUUAAGUGUCACAGACCCUCAUGAAGAAAUGUAUUUAUUAGGGCUCACUAGUGACCUGGGUGUCAAUGUGAACCUCUGGACUGGACUUUUCCAGAUGCUUGACGGUGGCUGGCAGUGGACUGGGGGCAGCCCUUUCAGGUACCUCAACUGGGCUCCAGGAAGUCCAUCUGUGGAAUCUGGAAAAAUAUGUGGAACCUUCCAAGGUAGGAAUGGCAAAUGGGAAAACCAGAUGUGUGAUCUGAAACAGGGAUAUAUCUGCCAAAAAAGAAACUAUUCCUCAGAUUCCUCCAUCAUUGCCUCAGGUGACUUAAAGUCUUUUAAGUGCCCCAGGGAAUGGGUGGCAUAUGCAGGUCAUUGCUACAGAAUUUACAGAAUGCCCAAAAUUUGGAAAGAAGCCCAGUCUUCCUGUAGAAAAGAGGAUGGAGAGCUGAUCAGUAUUCAUAAUAUUGAGGAGUACAGUUUUACAUUGUCUCAGCUUGGGUACAAGCCAGAUGAUGAGCUGUGGAUUGGUUUAAAUGACUUCAGGGUUCGAAUGUAUUUUGAGUGGAGUGAUGGGACACCUGUGACGUUCACCAAAUGGCAACAUGGAGAGCCAACCCACACACAGAAUAAGGCAGACUGCAUUGUUAUGAUGGGAGAGGAUGGAUCCUGGGCUGACAGUGCUUGUGAAAAGAAACUUGGUUACAUCUGUAAAAGGAAACCUUUGGCAGAAGAAUCAGUGGAAGAUGAGCUUACUUACCCAGGCUGUCAGAAAGGCUGGAUGAAGCACGGUUUUUACUGCUAUUCCGUGGGACAGUUACCAGGAACAUUUUCAGAAGCAAAAAAGAUAUGUGAGGAAAACAAAGGUUACCUGGCUACUGUGACAGACAGAUAUGAACAAGCUUUUUUGACUUCUGUAAUUGGAUUCAAUCCAGCAAAGUAUUUCUGGAUUGGUCUCUCAGAUACAGAGGAGCCGGGAACAUUUCAGUGGACCAACGGGGAUGCAGUCACCUUCACUCACUGGAACGCAGGAAUGCCUGGAAGGGAGUCAGGCUGUGUGGCCAUGAUAACAGGAACAUCAGCAGGAUUGUGGGAUAUUUUGAACUGUGAAGGAAGAAAUAUGUUUGUCUGCAAGCAGCUGGUGGAGGGAGUAACACCCCCUCCUCCUCCAACGACGACCCCUCUUCCAUGGUGCCCAGAUGAAUGGCAAUCCAUUCCUCAGAGCAGCUUCUGCUUCAAGAUUUUUCAGGGAGGAAGGGAGAAAAUGCAAACAUGGUUUGGUGCAAGAGAUGUUUGCAGAGCCAUCGGAGGAGAUCUGGCAUGUAUUCACAGUGAAGAGGAACAAAACCUAAUAUCUAGCUUAAGGAGAGAUUAUCUUCGCUAUUCCUACUGGAUGGGUUUAACUGCCUUAGACUCCAGCAGUGGAUUUAUAUGGAGUGAUGGCUCACCAGUAAAUUUUGAAAAAUGGGCAUACGGAGAACCAAACAAUUAUGACGGAAAUGAAAAAUGUGGCGUUUUUUAUGGCUACAAUAGUAUGUACUGGAAUGAUUUAUUUUGUGAACACAUGCUGGACUAUGUUUGCCAAAUAAAGAAAGGAGUAUCACCGAAACCAGAGCCUACUUCUACAUUCAAUUAUGAAUAUACUGUUGGUGAAGAUAACUGGAUAAUAUAUAAUCACAAAGAAUACUACUUCAGCCAGGAAGCAAUGCCUAUGGAAAAAGCCAGAGAAUUUUGCCAGAAGAAUGGUAGUGAUCUUGCUGUUAUUGAGAGUGAAAGUGAAAAAAAUUUUCUUUGGAAAUAUACUUUCUAUAAAGACUGGGGAAAUAACUUUUACAUUGGUUUAAGUGUGAGCCUUGAUAAGGCAUUCCGGUGGAUGGACGGAACUCCAGUGGACUAUGUUGCCUGGGCUCCAAAUGAACCCAAUUUUGCAAAUAAUGAUGAAAACUGUGUGGUGAUGUAUACCCAGACAGGUACGUGGAAUGAUCUCAACUGUGGCAGCAUUGAAUUAUUCAUCUGUGAAAGGUUUAAUGACAGUGUUCGUCCAGCUGUUGCUCCAACUUCACCACCACCAAAGGGUGGGUGUCCAGAAGACUGGGUCCUCUUUGAUAACAAGUGUUUCAAAGUAUUUGGUCUUAAUGAAAAUUAUACACUGACAUGGCAUGCUGCACGGAACAAUUGUAUUGAUUUUGGAGGAAACUUGGCUACUGUAUCAACAAAGGAAAUGCAAGCUUUCCUCAUGUCCCUGUUGAUAAAUGCUGCAACGGAUACUUGGAUUGGGCUGAAUGACAUAAAUCAGGAGCAUAAAUACUUAUGGACAGAUGGAAGCCCAGUUUACUAUACAAAUUGGGUGAAAGGAUCCCCAAGUUAUUAUAGUAAGGCUGAUUGUGUCCUUAUGGUUAAGAACCCUGUUGAACAGGCAGGUAAAUGGAAAGAUGAAGAGUGUACAACAAGCAAAAGCUACAUAUGCUACAAAAAUUCUGACCCCAGACUGCCAAAGCCCAAACCCACAGUUCCAAUAUCUGGCUUUAACCACUAUGGUGAUGACCACUAUGCAGUCAUCACACAGAAAAUGAGCUGGGAAGAAGCACAGAAGAACUGCAGAGACAAGAAUGCAGAACUCGCCAGCAUUUUGGAUCCUUAUGCUGAAUCUUACCUGUGGUUACAAAUGUUAAGGCAUGGGGAGCCUGUAUGGAUUGGUCUUAACAGCAACACAAGUCGUGGCCAUUACUUAUGGUCAGAUAGAAGGAGGAGCAGGUAUUAUAACUGGGCCAGUGGAGAACCAAAUAAGAACAAAGCCUGUGUCUAUGUAGAUUUGGAUGGGUUCUGGAAAACAGCAUCUUGUAACAAAACGUAUUCAUCUCUCUGUAAACAAUCCAAUGAGUUAAUCCCUAGUGAACCACCACAGCUUCCUGGGAGGUGUCCUGAACCGAAGCGUGGUAGAACUUGGAUUCCCUUCCGUGGUCACUGCUACUAUGUUCACACCAGUUCUGAGGAAAGCUGGCCUGAUGCUUCCAUGAUGUGUAUUCAAAUGGGUGCUUCUUUGGUUUCCAUAGAAGAUUCAGCUGAAAUGAACUUCCUCUUAUUUCACUUGUCUCCACUUGUACAUGACUUCAAAAAGAUUUGGAUAGGAUUGUUCAAAAAUAUUGAUGGGGAAUGGAUAUGGGCAGACAGAAGUGCAGUAGAAUUUGUCAACUGGGAGGAUGGAGAGCCUACAGCGAUAUUUGAUGAACACUGUGUUGACAUGGAUGUCUCAAAAGGAACCUGGAGGAGCUUUUACUGUUCUUUUAACCACAAUUUUAUUUGUAAAGUCCCCAAAAUUAUUGAAGCUGAGCCAACCCAUGAUUCAUCUGUCAAUAAAGCAUCAAAAAAUGCAGCUGCUUCUUCAUCCAAAAAUAGUUUAGGUGGGAUUGUUAUACUGAUUUUACUUCUGCUAGCAGGCACUGGCCUUGGAUUCUAUUACUUCUAUAAAAAAAGACGUGAUCGGCAAAGAAUUACAGCAAGUUAUGACAGUGCCAUAUACUGUGGUGAUGCUGACCCUGGAACUCAUGAAGCAAAUUGUCUUGUGACCAAUAUUGAACAAAAUGAGGAAGCAACAUAUUAAUAAGCAGGGUAAUCUUGGUCCUGAUUUUGAAAGGAAUUACAGUGCUGGAAUAGAAGAAUUCUUAAGGCAAAGUGAUUUUCUUCUAUUGGAAUUAUAGUUAAUUAUGCACAGGACACAUCUUGCUUUCUGUAUUAGCAGGAACAAGCCAUUUUGCAAGGCAGAUCCAGGCAUCUGCUCACAAAAAGUAGUAAAUGGGAGAACAGUUGAGCAUGCACAUAGACCUGGAGCUACUCUGUACAAGUAAACACUCAGGCAAUUUCAGUUUCUGCAUCGUUCCAACAACACUUUUAGGUGCAAGAAGAACCAUGCUCACCACAGGCAGCUGUAAGAAUAUGCUCCUUAGCACAAUCCAAAAAGCACAUCCAGAUUUGCAGGUAUCACGAGAAAUGCCACCUCUAAACUCCAUUGCAGACUGGAAGGAUUGAGCAGGUUGGAUGGACCUCCAAGCUCACCUGGCACUGGUCACUGCUUGAAGCAGGACCAGCUCCUUGCCUCAGCCAGAUAGACUUCUCCAGUGCUGUGGGUCCACAUCUUCCUUUUGCUACUGAGGUACCCAUAGCAACCCUUCGUGUUCCCCCUAGUAUCUGAAUUAACACAUAUUCAUCCUCUGAAUAUGACUGAUAGAAAGGAAAGUGUAAAUUGUUUUUCUUCUACUACAGUUCCGUAACGUAAACAUUGAAAGAUCAACGAUAGUAAGAAGUUUGAAUAUAUUGAGAAUAGAAAUAUUUUAUCAUUUAAAUAAUAGAAUAGGGAUCUCAAAGGAUUCUGCAAAAGGGGUAAAUAGGCAGGAUACUAAAUUCAGACCUGAAAAAAAUCAUGUAAAAUUUAUUCUUGAAAUCCCCAAUACGAGUGAAGAUUUCAUAAAUUUUAGGCCAUUUUUUUCAAAGCUUAAUGAAACUUAUAAUUAGAAUUUUCUAAUUUCUAACCAAAUUCCCCUGUCCAAGUCUGUUUUAAUCAUUUGAGUAUCGUUCUUGACUUCCAUUAUGAUCAAGGUGAUAGCAUUACAUGUCAUACUGCUCUACUAUUGUAUUCUCUGAGUUCAGAAACCCUUAAAAUAUACAGAAGGUACACAUAAAAAUUCAAUUUUUUUUACUUUUCCAGUGUGUUUUAUGUCAAAUGUAAACAACAAAAUUACUCAAAGCUCUUAGUCCAGUGAAGGUCAUUAUUUAAUUUGUGUUUUUUUAAAAUACUUUAAUCUUUUGAACAGAUUUUAAUUGUACUUAAAAUAUUUUAUGUGUGUAUGAAAUACAUGUAAAUAAGUUUGGUUCACUAAAUGGGCCAUUAAAAGACUGGUUCUAAGUAAAAGUAUGUGUGUCUUCUUAAAGAGAAUAAUUUAUCAUAAAAGUAGACACAAAAGGAAAGAGGGAUGAAAUACUUAAGUUUCUAUGCACAAAUAAGCAUCCACUUUUUCUAAUCAAGCACAUCCUCAAAUGCCGGUAGCAAUUUUUCUUUACUAUCCUGUGAAACAGCGUGUCUCAUUGCUUCUUUAUCCCUGACAUUUGAAAGGUUACCCU